AAUUAUUCAUAUCUAGCCCCUUCAAAACUUUGGCUCACUUCGCCACUGAUUUGUUUCAUCACACUUCUAUGCAAAUACUUACGCCUAUAGAAUAGAAUACAUUAUAUCCUACAUAGAGUAAAUCAUGUAUAGUACUAUUGGUUCAAGUAGCAUCAUGUGACCGAAUAUAUUUCAACUCUGACGUCAUACCUCGAUAUAUUUUUGGAUACUAGUAUAUCGAGGUCUGACAUCAUUAUUUCACAAAACUGGAUCUAGCUAAACUCUCAGGCACACCGGCCAGCGCGCUCUCUCUCCCGGCAAGUCCAGCGAUGUGUCGGCACAGGCACUGAUCUGCGUUCUGCUGAGCACGAUGGCUCAGAGAAAAAUUCCCAUUCAGCCGUUGGACUGAACUGGUACUGUAACACAGUAUGGAUGGUCAAUAUGAAGCAAGCUUCAUCGAAUUCCUCCAAGAGCUCUGAACUCUGUUCUGAUCAUUUUGAAGAUGCUUGCUUUGACAGGACUGGGCAAACGAUUCGUCUAAGACAGGAUGCUGUCCCAACCACAUUUAAUUUGCCGCCUCGUCAUCAGAAGAAUGCACACAAACCAGGGAAACCCUCGAAAGAAAGUCAUUUAGAUUCAGCAAGCAACCUCCCAGAUACUGCAAAGACACCUGUACCAAAGUCUUCAGCACCUUCCCUGGGACUACUACUCAAUGCCAAAAAUCUAAGAGGGAUGGAGACCAGCAGCAUGGCAGCAGGAGCUAAUGUUGGUCGUGAUGAGGCAUAUACCACCAUCAACAAUGCUGCAAUUGCAGUCACCACCACCAAGUCUGCUUCUGUCACUGCCAUCACCAUUGCCACCGCCAUUACCAAGACCACUCCUGACACAAAGCCCCCAAGUCCUCAACUGACCAGAUAUUGCAGCUGGAGAAGGAUAUACCAGGAACUUCAAAGCCAGGGCUUGCCAGUCUCCUACAAUAAGAAAAAUGCCAUGGGCCCAUCUAAUGAACUAGUAGUAGAAUAUUUGGCCACAGUUGUAGAAAUGCAGAGACUAACAUACUGCCACAGGUGAGGUUUUGUCCACAGUUCCAGAAGGACACAAAAUAGUAUCAGAAAGUCAUGCCAGAAUCAACAACUGAAGGGUUUGAAGAGCCAGAUAAAGAGCCGAGAAAUGUGAUUUUAAAGGUACUUCAAUCACAUGCACAGUAGGAGCAAAAACAGCAGCAAACACACAGGAGAUGUAACACUACAUUGACCAACAGCAACAACUACAGCAGCAUCAACAAUUUCUGCAGGAGAUGCAAAAACCACACUGGCAACCUCAACAACAUCAAGGUGUCCAACAAGCACUCCGGGAACGUUAACAGCAACCACAGCUUCAGCUGGAGUUUCAACAAA